AUGUAUCGUCGCGGAGCGGCAAAGAAGGACCACAACAACAAACCUGUGAAGAAGGAUGUGAGUGACAGUGAUAAAUACGCCGACCUCUUGGUCUUCGGAUACGCCUGCAAACUGUUUCCAGACGACGAAAAGGCGCUUUACCAUGAACACGGAAAACAUCUCAUCCCAUGGAUGGGGGAAAAGAGCAUCAUGAUUGAUAGAUACGAUGGCCGUGGUCACUUACACGACCUCUCAGAGUAUGACAGCGGCUCAUGGAAUACGUCCUACCAGCUGUCGGAGGAGGAGGCAAGGAUCGAGGCGCUGUUGGAUGAGGAGAGGUACCUGGCUCUGCACACCGACCUGCUGGAGGAGGAGGCCAGACAAGAGGAGGAGUACAAACGUCUGAGUGAGGCUCUGGCUGAUGAAGGCACCUACAACGCAGUGGCCUUCAAAUACAGCGCGGACUACUACGAUCCCUCUCAGCCCACCGUGGAGGACGAAGCCAACAGGGAAUGCGAAGAGGCAGAGCCUGAGGAGAACGAGGAACCUUUUAUUGCUCCCCCGGGACUCGCCAUCCCUCCUGACGUGGAACUGCCGGCAACCAUCAAGACCCACAACAUCAUCGAGAAGACCGCCAAAUUUGUAUCUCAGCAGGGGGCUCAGUUUGAGAUCGUCCUGAAAGCUAAGCAGUCCAACAACUCCCAGUUUGACUUUCUUCGCUUUGACCAUUACUUGAACCCUUAUUACAAACACAUCCUGCGGGCCAUGAAGGAAGGUCGAUACAACAUUGUCUCCGCCAAGAAGCAUGAGCAGUCGCAGGAAUCGAACUCUGAUGAUUCAGAUGACGACGGGGACGGCAAUUACCUCCAUCCCAGCCUGUUUGCCCCUAAAAGGUGUUCUCGCCUGGAGGAGCUGGUGAAGCCUCUUCAAGUAAUGGACCCAGACCAUCCUCUGGCAGCACUCGUACUGAAAGCCCGACAGGAAAGGAACGGCACAGCAACGGUGGCAACCAAAGCAGAAGACGUGGCGGACCCAGUUGUCUCCGGCACACCGGCGCAGUUCAACGCUGAGCCAAAUGCAGCUGCAACGUACUACGGCUACUACAUGCUCCCGGAUGGCACCUUCUGCUUGGCUCCGCCUCCCCCAGGGAUAGAUGCCAGCGCCUACUAUAGCAGCAUGCCCCCAGGUGUCAUGGGGCCCGCGACAGCUUCUGAGGCCUCACCUAAUCUGGGAACCACACCCUCCCAGUCUGAAACGGUUGCCGUGGCAGCGGCAGCUCCAGCUCCAGCCCCCUCUCAGGUCGCCGUCUCUGCGGCUCCCGCUGUUCUACCAGAGACCAGUUCAAAACCCGAAGCUCCGGUUUGCACGCCAGCAACGCCGGCCAUCAUCCCCCCACCACCCGACACCCAGCCCGUCAUCGACAAGCUGGCCGAGUACGUGGCAAGGAACGGCCUUAAGUUUGAGGCCAGUGUCCGUGCCAAGAAUGAUCCACGGUUUGACUUCCUGCAGUCUUGGAAUCAGUACAACACCUAUUAUGAGUUUAAGAAGAAUUACUUUUUGCAGAAAGAAGGAAAAAGCUUCCCAGAGAAUGAGACUCCGGAUGACGAUGCGCUUCAGUCCGACGCGUCGGCCCACGUGGCAAAAGCCCCUUUUGCCCCCAUCUGUUUUGCCAUCAAAGCGAAGGAAACCGAUAUGCUGCCGCUGGAGAAGAACCGGGUGCGAUUGGACGACGACUCCGACGAGGACAAGUUGCUGGACGAUCAGGGGCUGGAAGCUCUGUUGGGCGGAGCCAUGAUGGCCGAUAAGGACCCCGCUCCGGUCACUGCACCCGAAGACAAAAGACCGUCCCUCAGCUUGGAGGAGUUGGAGGCAAAACAAGCCAAGCAGAAACUGGAGGACCGCCUGUCCGCUGCAGCCAGGGACAAGCUGGCCCAGGCAUCUAAGGAGUCCAAAGAGAAGCAGCUGCAGGCCGAGAGGAAGAGGAAGGCGGCGCUCUUCCUACAGACACUGCGCGGCCCCGUCGCCGGGGAGCCCGAGGCCAAGCGGGCCGGGCUGGACUCAGCCGCCCAGCUUGAGUUACAAGAAGCCCUCUCGGCCCUGUCGGACCCGGCGCCCCAUCCAGCGCCGUCUGCCCAACCUGCGUAUCCUCAGGAUCAAAGGCCGGCCGUGGCGAGCAAAGGGGGCCAUCGCAGCAGGGAGCCCACGUCCUCCUCCUCCCACACCACCUCCAGAGGAGCUGCGAGGGACAGAGAUCGGGACCGAGAACGAGACCGAGAACGAGACCGAGACCGCGACAGAGAGAGAGACCGCGACCAAGAGAGGGCUCGAGAGAGAGAGCGAGACCGAGACCGAGAGAGAGAGAAAGACCGAGACAGAGACAGAGACCGGCACAAAGGUCGGGACAAAGACAAAAAGAAGAAAAAACACAAGAGGCGGUCAAGAUCGAAGUCGAGGUCAAAGUCGAAGACGAAGAGCAAACACUCCCUUCCCAGUGCCUACAGGAGAUCCCACCGGUCCCGUUCCCGGUCACGCUCCCCGGGGAGAAGGGGCCGCAGGGGCCCCUCGGCGGAGAGGAGACGUGACGAGAGAGAGCGCGAGCGCCACCAUCCCAGCAGCAGCAGCUCCAACCCUCCCAGGGGCCAUUCCAGAUCCAGGUCCCCGCCUGAGAAAAGAAGGAGCUUCUUGUCAUCCUCGGGACAGAUGCAAAUUGUGGGUUCCUCUCUCUCCCCGUGUUCCUCGUCCGGCAGAGUUUUGUCCCCGUCUGCAAGCCCCGCCUCCAGCCUGGCCCACUCCAGGGGCGGCUCUCUGGAGAAAGACAAGGCAGUGGCCUCCUCCAUUGUGUCCUCGGUUCAGUCAAAAAUAACUCAGGAUCUGAUGGCCAAAGUGCGGGCCAUGCUUGCCACCUCCAAGACCCUCCCGCCUCCCAAUUCCUAAAGACGGCGCCGCUUCCUGCCGGCAUUCUCCGGUUGAAUCAGCUCCGUCUUAUCCCCCCUCCCAUGUUCCUCCUCCGUUUAUGAUUUCGCCUUGAUUUGAGCGCUGGCUUGUGUUGUGAGGGAGCGUAAAGGGCAAACGGCAGCGCUGAAACCAUCCGGUGUCCCGCCCGACCUCCCGAAAACGUCUUCAUCGCCUCGGGGGGAUUUUUCAGCUGUCGGCAUGUUUGUGUGUAAAUGUGGAGGUAAUCCAUAUGUUAUUUAACAUCCCGUUUUUAAACAGUCAGUCUUUGCCGUUAUGUAACGCCGCCGCAGGUCUGUAUUCUCCCCUUCUAUGAAGGGUUGCGACUUUGAUUCUCUCCUCCCUCAUCCACUAUUCUCCGCUGCUGGUUUCCCUUUUUUUUUUUUUUUUUCCCGCCUCCAGCCGCCUGCCCUCUCCUGCACCUCGGAGCCCAUUUCAUUUCUCUCCCCUGUCCCUUCAGCUCAAGUGCGUGGCCUUUUUAAUUCAGUUCCUGGUUUGUACUGUAAUGGAAUUUAAUGCAGAACAACUUUCUAAUUCGAACUGUUAAUAAAAUUUCAAUUAUGAUUUA